AUGGAAGGUGAUGAAGGCAGGCAAGGUUCUAGUCCUCAUAAUCUGUCAUUGAAGAGAAGACCACCUGAUGGUGGUUUAAGCUCCUCAAACGAAAUGCAGGAAGAAUCCAUGUCUAGUUCUUCUUUCAACAGUGCCACACCUGGGGUUCAGAGGAUGGAAGCAUCUAUUAUGAUUGCAGGUCCAAUUUCAGCUGCAGGGACUGGAGAAAGGGACAUAACUUGCAAUCCAGGUCGGAUUGUCAUAAUCCCAGACACAGCCCUGGGAGGUGAUGUUCCACAAGUUGAUGAUCCUUGGAUCAGAAGUAGCCUAAUAUCUGAGUGUAGUUGCAUCUUUUGCUUACAUGAGUUUGUCCAGAGUCAUGUUAGGGUUCCAGGGCACUGGUGGUCAUUUGGUAUGAUUUACCAGCCUGAGGAUGAAAUGCGCCUUGACAUGGAUAACAUGUCAUAUGAGGAAUUGCUUGCACUUGGAGAGCGCAUUGGAAGUGUGAGCACAGGGCUCAGUGAGGAAGUAAUUAUGGCUAAGAUGGAGAAAUGGAAGUAUAGCUGCUCAACAACAGGGCAUUCAGUUGAUGCAGAGACUUGCUGCAUAUGUCUAGAGGAGUAUGCAGAUGAUGAUGAUGUUGGAAAGCUAGACUGUGGGCAUGAGUAUCAUGUUGCCUGCAUCAAGGAAUGGCUGGUACAGAAGAACUCAUGCGAGUCAUGCCCCAUUUGCAAGAAUACUGCCUUGGCUACUUGA